AAGUAGGCCAAUACGUUACGCAAAAAAGAGAAAAAAUACAGGUCGGGAGAGCCGUUUGAUCUGGAUCGUGUUGGAGGUUGAUAUGGACCACCACUGUUGUCAUUGGGAGAAGUGCUGCUUUUUGACCGGCCCCUCCUCCUCCUCCCUGGCCGGGCCCCCCGGGCGUUAGAGCCGCCUAGCACACACUCUCAGUCCGGCCCCGGGGAGAGGAAUGCGCUGGGAUGCCGAACACCGCCGACUCUCUAGGACAGCUACGAAGCCACAACUAGCACCGUUAUGGACAGCAAUGAUCCGUAUGCACACUUAACCCGUCAGCACACCAUCCCUUGACUCUGAAGAAGCAGGCCGGUGAUUGGCGUCCCGCCGGUGCCACACACUUGCACCCGAAGGCAUGUGGCAACCUGCGGUUUUACCUGCAACUGGAGGUGGAGCCGGGAGGGAGCUGGGUUAUGGCCACUACUCUACAGGGCCGAUGACCACGGCCCACCGUCACCCACACUCACACCCCCCACCCAUGGGCGACAUGGUGGGCCACCCAUCCGUCAUCAGCACCUCCAGGCACCUUCCAUCACCUAUGUCCAACUUGGGCUCCCCAAUGAACGGCCUGGCCUCACCGUACUCCGUCAUCACCUCAUCCCUGGGUUCACCUGCUGUAUCACUGCCAUCCACACCCAACCUGAACUUCGGACCGCUUGGUAGUCCGCAGAUGAAUUCUAUGAACAGCGUUAGCAGCUCAGAGGACAUCAAGCCUCCGCCGGGCCUGCAGAACCUGGGGAGCAUGAACUACCAGUGCACCAGCCCGGGCGGGAUGUCCAAGCACAUCUGCGCCAUCUGUGGGGAUCGCUCUUCGGGCAAACACUAUGGCGUGUACAGCUGUGAGGGAUGCAAAGGCUUCUUCAAGAGGACCGUCCGCAAAGAUCUCACCUACACUUGUCGGGAUAGCAAAGAGUGCCUGAUAGACAAGCGCCAGCGCAACCGCUGCCAGUACUGUCGCUACCAAAAGUGCCUGGCCAUGGGCAUGAAGAGAGAAGCUGUGCAGGAAGAAAGGCAGCGGGGGAAAGAACGGGGGGAGAAUGAGGUGGAGUCCACCGGCACUUUCAACGAGGAUAUGCCUGUGGACAAAAUCCUGGACGCCGAGCUGGCCGUGGAACCCAAAACUGAAACGUACACGGAUGGCAGCCCCGGCAACUCGACCAAUGACCCCGUCACCAACAUCUGCCAAGCAGCCGACAAGCAGCUCUUUACUUUAGUGGAGUGGGCCAAGAGGAUCCCACACUUCUCUGAACUCCCCCUUGACGACCAGGUCAUCUUAUUACGAGCAGGCUGGAACGAGCUGCUCAUCGCGUCUUUCUCCCAUCGCUCGGUCACUGUGAAAGACGGCAUCCUGUUGGCCACGGGCCUCCACGUGCACAGGAGCAGCGCUCACAGUGCCGGAGUGGGCUCCAUCUUUGAUAGAGUCCUGACAGAGCUGGUGUCCAAAAUGAAAGACAUGCAGAUGGAUAAAACGGAGCUGGGCUGCUUGCGAGCCAUUGUCCUCUUUAACCCAGAUGCGAAAGGUCUGUCAAACCCAAUGGAGGUGGAGGGACUGAGGGAAAAGGUCUACGCCUCAUUGGAGUCCUACACCAAACAGAAAUAUCCAGACCAACCGGGCAGGUUUGCCAAGCUGCUGCUCCGCCUGCCCGCGCUGCGCUCCAUUGGCCUCAAGUGUUUGGAGCACCUGUUCUUCUUCAAGCUUAUCGGGGACACGCCCAUCGACACGUUCCUCAUGGAGAUGCUGGAGGCGCCACAUCAGAUCACAUGACCCCUGCCCUCUUCCCCCCUCCGCUACUUGUAAAUACUCCCCCCCCCAGCAAUGUGAAGAUGGAUUGGGGGGAAAAAGACUCUUAAAUUGUAAAGUUGAAGAUUUUAUAACAAGUCCCAAAAAAGCAUUGUAAUUAUAUCUGAAAUUAUUUGGAGGUUGUGGUGAGGACUGAGUACACGACCAUCACAGUAAAUUUGAAUAGCAUUCAUUUGUAAAUAGAUCAUUUGUGGCAACAUUUGAGACGGAAUCAGAUUUUAUUCAUAGAGUAAUUGUAUUACAUAAAA